UUGAAGACCAUAUAAAUUUCAACUUUCAAAGCUUUCAAACAAAUCAAACAUGGACAUUCUCAAACUCUUCUUCAUCAUCGUUUACUUCUCCUUACACUCUGCAACCAGCACGAUGGAUCCAUGCACCGAAUCCGUCUGCCAAAGCACCAAAUCGUCACCGUUGAUUCGAUUCCCUUUUCGUCUCAUCGGCCGCCAACCCAAGUCAUGUGGCUUUCCAGGUUUCGAUCUAUCUUGUAAUUAUAAGUCAACCCAAACGUUACUUCAGCUACCAUAUUCUGGAAAUUUCACCAUCGAAGCGAUUGAUUACGGCGCACAACAAAUAUGGGUCAACGAUCCUAACAAUUGUCUUCCCCGAAGAAUCCUUUCGCUUAACUUUUCUGGGUCACCAUUUACGGCUGUUUAUGAUCAAGAUUAUACGUUUUUCAAUUGUACGUUGGAUUAUUCAAGGUAUGGGCUGAACCUGAUUGGUUGCCUUAGUGGUGAUAAUUACACGGUUUUUGCUACUUUGUCGAAUGAGGUGGUUGAUUCUUUGUCAUUGUCGACGUGCCGACGAGUUGCCACCGUUUCGGUACCUGUUGGGUGGCCUUUUUAUGGAGGGGUAUCGUCGUCGAACCUCACCGAUGAUCUAUGGCUAACGUGGAGUAAUCCCAAGUGCCGUAAGUGUGAAUCGAGGGGCGCUAAGUGUGGGCUGAAACCCAAUUCAACCAAUGAAAUCAGUUGUUCCAGUGCUUCAGGACGAGGUAUUCCAAGGAGUGCCCAAUAUGCAAUCACAGUGGGUGCUGCUAUACCAACCCUCUUAAGUAUCUCAUGUCUAAUAUGCUACAUCUGUAGCAAGGUCAGGUCAUAUGUUGCACCACAACGUCCUAUACCGGAGUUUAAUCCGACGGUCACACCGCAACCCAUGCUUGUAGUUGGUCUUGAUGGAUCAACUAUAGAAUCGUAUCCGAGAAUAGUGUUGGGCGAGAGCCGACGCCUUCCUAAACCUGAUGAUAACACUUGCCCGAUAUGCUUGUCUGAAUAUAGGCCCAAUGAAACUCUCAGAAGUAUACCCCACUGCCAACAUUGUUUCCAUGCUGAUUGCAUCGACGAAUGGCUCCGAUUGAAUGCUACUUGCCCCAUUUGUAGGAAAUCUCCAGAAAUGUCAUAUCCACCAACACAAGAUUCAUGACGUUUCUAUUUGUUAUUUGUUAAAACCUGUGUAUAAUAAAUGAUUCCUUAAUUAUUA